AUGGCCACAAUUCAUCGAAAGGUCAUCGUCGACAGCGACUGUCUCUGGGAAUGGACAAACGAUGGUUCUCUUCUCGCGUAUGCUUUGAGCGAAAAUGGUAGCGACUGGAUGACUGUUAAGUUCCGUAGUGUAGACAAGGAAGAUCUCGAAGGACACUAUCACAGGAGUGAAAAUAGUGCUCUCGCAUGGAUGAAAGACAAAUCAGGAUUAUUCUACUCCAAAUUCCCCGAUCAGGCGACAGGUUUUGACGGUACGUCAGUGGACAAGAACGAAAAUCAGUCUCUUUAUUUCCAUCGUAUGGGUACUGACAGCAAGGACGAUGUUCUUGUAUAUGAUCGCAGAGAUCAGAGUGACCUUUCAAUGUUUGCUUUUCUUAUUCAUCUUUUCAAAGGAACAGUGACAGAGGAUGGCCGCUUCCUCAUUAUCUACAUUUCUCAAGACUCGUCUAACAUGCUUUAUUAUUACGACUUGUCUACAAUGAAGGGUCCGAUUGGAAAAAUCAACCCUAUACCAUUAUUCGAUAAGUUGGACGCGCAUUACCAGGUCUUAGUGUUGUUUUUUUAUGAUGUUAAGCGCUGUUCAAUGCUGCACUCUGCGUUGCGAAAGUUGUCACAGCAGUGGUGA